CGACGCGCGUGUUUUAUCAUAACAAGAACAAACAACGAUACAUUCUUUAAAUCAUUAUUAGUGAUGUGAACCAAACAACAAGAUGUCGACAGACGAGUCUGACAGCAUAACUAGUUCCCAAAUCAGGCGUUUUGGGUUGUACAGAACCAUUGAUGCUAAGACGGAAGAAUUUCUAAGGCUAUCUAGGAAGAGGCAAAUGAGACAGGGUUGCGCUUGCGCGGCUAUUUCCACGACGAUAACCGUUACCGUUGUAGUUAUAGUUCUAGUAAUCUACGAAUAUAUGAUUGCAGUAGAAACAAGUUUUGUACAAGAAAAGAGAUCUUUUAAUAAAACAAAAUACAUUAAUAAAGAUCUACCAAUAGCUGACAGACUUGAUAGAAGCUUUUUCGGAUUUGAUCAAGAUUAUUAUGAGAGAAUGCCGCUUCUCAUCAAUGCUUUACAAGAUAUAAGCCACACAGAUUCAGAAACGCGUAUUAGUUCUCAAAGGAAAAAACAAUUUUCUAAAAGUUAUACCAUUAAGCCGCGGUUAACUACUGUUUUAAAUAGAUUUGUAAGAAAAACUAGUCCUAAACCCUUCAUAUUCGAGUACAGAAGUCCAUAUCCAAUGCCUUUUACAAAGGUUAACACUAGCCCAAGCAAUUGGAUGGAACAAUAUCGCAACGCUCAAAGACUAAAAAACUUACAUGAUGUAGUCAAAUACCUAGAAAGAACAUUAAAUGCUAAGUUUGGAGAUAUCUAUGUACCAACAAGAGCACAAAUAGCAUUGUCAGAAAUGUAUGUGGGACCCGUUGAAACGAAAGAAAUUAAUGUCAAACAAAAAACAGUGACACAUAAUUCGCCACAGUCUAAUCAUUACACGGAUCCUUUACACAUUUUUAGGCCGAACAAUCCAGGAGAAGUUAAUUUAUUAGCAGAUGGAUUUAGAUUCGCACCAACCUUUGUUUCAAAAUUUAAUGAACAGAAUACAGAAAUUAAGCACCCUGACGCCUCGAAACAAAGUUGUGUAGGAACAAAAUGUUUGACCUUUAAUAAGAAUAUCCCUAAGAGGGUUGAGCUUUCUAGUGCUGAAGAAGUUCUAAAUCAAAUUUAUAUAACUACAUCGAAACCUCUAUUUAAAUUUAAAAGAAAAUCUACUGUGCCCUCGAGGCAUAUUGAAGAUUACCAUAUGGGAAGCUCAGGUGUAAUUCCUGUUGAAUAUGGAAGACCUCCAAUAUAUUCUGUAGUCACACCCAUAAUACCGCUAUCUGAACUUUUCAUGUCCACUACGGAAACCAUUACAACUAUUCCUCCUGAUAUUAUACAAUUUAGUCCUGAGGACGCUAAAGUUCCAGAUCACUAUUUCAAUAUCAGAAAGUCUGACAUAGACGAAGUCACAGAGACUGAGAUAAAUAAUUGGAACGAUUCGGAAAGUACCGUGAUAAGUAACGAUGAGUUUGAACCUAAUACACUUAUAGUAAAACUAAGAAAUAUGAUUGAAGCUACCUCAAAAGAAAAUACAGCCGAUGAAAAUUCUACUACUGAAAGUUCUGAAACAAGAGACGAAGAAAAUACCUACACAACAAUAGAAACUUAUGUUCCACAGAUAAAUGGACACUACAGAGACGUGAAACAUAAAAGUUUGAUAAGCUUAUUGCAAGAGAGUUCUGAAAAAUAUAGAAAAAAGAGAAUCGAAAAUUUAUUAACGACACGAAAUCCGACAUAUGUUCCUAUGUACGUCGAAAUCAAACGAAAUAGAAACAAUACGGCUAGUAACCAAAAUUAA